UGACGCAUAGCUUAGUGCUAGGAAGUUUCGACAAGCAGCAGAGCACUGUGUAGCUUGGUGACAGAUACUGAGCCUACUACUCUGAAGACAGUCUUACUUGGGCACUCGGCAGAAUUGUAUUUUAACUGUAACGUAAAGGCUACUUGUGGCCAGCAACGACCACCUGGCUUCGUGACACCCAGUUAAUCAGCUACCCAGAGAGGGCUAACUUAUCUCUACUAAGCCAGUGUCGUCUGGGAGCUACAGACAGAAUAGCCUGACAUUAAACCAAAGUAGCUAGCUGUCCAGCCCAACUCGGCUCAUCUCAUACAUUUAUUAAUAUGGGGUCCAGAGCUUCGUCAUUACUCAGAGAGGAGGACAUCGAAGAAAUCAAGAAGGAGACUGGAUUCUCCCAUAGUCAGAUCACGCGUCUCUAUAGCCGAUUCCACAGCCUAGACAAAGGAGAGAAUGGGGCGCUCAGCCGAGAAGACUUCCAAAGGAUCCCUGAGUUGGCGAUUAAUCCUCUAGGUGACCGCAUAAUCAAUGCCUUCUUUCCAGAAGGCGAGGACCAGGUGAACUUCCGCGGCUUCAUGCGGACGCUGGCUCACUUCCGGCCCGUGGAGGACAACGAAAAGAACAAGGACCCGGAUGCUGGAGAGCCCCUCAACAGCAGGAGCAAUAAGCUGCUCUUUGCUUUCCGGUUGUACGAUCUGGACAGAGAUGACAAAAUCUCCAGAGAUGAGCUCUUACAGGUCCUUAGAAUGAUGGUGGGCGUGAACAUUUCAGACGAGCAGCUGGGCAGUAUCGCUGAUAGAACCAUCCAGGAAGCUGACACCAACGGAGAUAUGUGCAUCUCCUUCAGCGAGUUCAUCAAGGUGUUGGAGAAGGUUGACGUGGAGCAGAAGAUGAGCAUCCGAUUCCUGCACUAAGAGACGGCGCUGUCGACUGGAUUGGAUGUCACCCAUGCCAGUUAAAGCAGCAACACCCAACUCCCCUUCCCACCCCUUCAUCUCAAUACGCCGGGCCGCCUAAGCCCUGCAGCACAUGCUUUCUGAGCGUCUGGUAGCUAGUUCUCAGUUCUUCAGACUCUCUGCCUUGCACUGCUGUGUGUGAAACAAAGGGAAUACUCGCGUGCCUUGGAAUUUGAUUUCUUACCAACGCCAUGGUUAUCCCUUGCCUCGCCUUCAACCCCCGUGUGUGAACCCUUAUUUAUUGUAGAUCUCCAUCCCAUUGGUGAUUAUGUAAGUGGUCCUAGCAGUGGAAAAUUACCGUACACGACUCCGUUUUUCAGUGAAACAGAAAUACCUUAAAGGCUUGUAUGUGUAUUAUCACUGUGGCAGGUGUUGUGCAGGCAGAAUGUUGUCUUGUCUUUUUAAGGCCAAACCUAGUCAGCUAGAGGAGAUGAGUUAUUUAUUAACAGUCAGGGAACAGCAUUGCUUUUGCAGGGCUGAUUUGUGUCCCAGUCAGAAAUGUCUUGAGUUAUCACUCCAGAUAUCAGUUCAUUGAGCAAGUUUUCUUUUUGCCACUUCUGUUAUCAUGGCUUAAAUUGCAUUUGUGAUCAUUCUUUACAUUUCAUUUUUUUUUUGCAUACAUGCUGCAAGGCUGGUCUAGCUUCCCUCCCUUUUGCCAAGUGACUUUAAACGGUAGAGAAGGCAACAGAUGGCAUGAAAACAGACAUUUCAGGAAGUGUGUCAUUGCCAGGUUUUGUACGUAUCUACAGUAACCCUCCUUCCUCCAGUGUUCUCUGGUCAGAGCAUUCCAGGGACUCCUGGUUCAUUCUGAGGUCUGUAGAUCUUAAAUGAAGGGCCCAUCAGUUUGAAGUGAAAAAAAAAAAUGCCAUGGUCCAACUUCAAUUUUGUGUCCUGGAUUUAUGUACAAUAUUAUUUUAGUCCAAUGAAGUGCCAUGCUACCACUCCAUGCUUUUCCUUGAUCACAUGGUUUCACUCAGAGCCAAAUGGCUGUGGUUAUCAAGUUCCUUUAAGCGGGGUUGCUUCACUGCCAGUCGCUUUGACUCCCUACAGAGUAUUCAACUCACUGCACUGUAGGUGAAAUGGUUUGACCUUGGCCAGGUGUAGUCCACGAUGGCAAAGUGCAGGGAUCAAGGUCAGUACCACCUCAUCCCAGAGAAGUGACUCUUAUCUGUCAGCAGUAGAUGAAAAUUCUAGAUUACAUUUUCAGUUGAGAUCAAAUACCUUGUUUGUGAAAUAUAUAUAUAUAUAUCUAUACACACUGUUUUUAUAAAUAUAGACUAUAACAGUAGUUAUGAAGUAGACCCAGGUACUUUAACAGUGGGCUGUGACCAAGUUUCAGUUGCUGGAAGUUGUCCUCUAUGUAUUGUGGAUGAGGACAAAUGGAAAAUGUAACUUUUGAAGCUACAUUUAUGAAUUGUGUCAGCCUCUUUUAAGAGAUCACCAAGACAUAUUUUAAGUUAUCAGCAGCUAUGCAUUGAUGCUGAAAGAGUUUGAAGAGUCUUUUAAAUUAGUUUUAUGAAUCAAAUGUGAUUUACCAAUCAUACACAAAUGGGAAAAUGUAAAGAAAUCUACUCUUAGUUGUGAGGAUAUCACUGAUGAAUGGUGUAAUGUUUUUGAUUAAAAUAAAGUACAAGUGCCAUA